AUGGAGGCGACGAUUCCCCUUUCUUCUUCUUUUUUUUUUUGGUUGGCUCUGCUUCUCUACCGUGAGGCGGUAGCGGGAGUGCUCCGACGACGACGGCAUUUUUCGUCGUCCCGUUCCGAUGAUUCAGCUUUGAUGGCUCGUGACGAUAAGGUGAUGGGUUGGUGGGAGCGCCGGAUAAAUGUUUUCUUCGCUCUCUUUGGCCUAUAUUGGUGGUUACUGUACUGAUUAGGCAUUCAUUUGGAGAUAGAAUGACUAGAACAUGGUCUAGGGCUAGGUAGAAGAAAAAGAACUGGCCAAGUACUCGAAAAGUAGGCUUCAAACUUGGCUCUUCUCAUUUAUCUCCUUAUAAAGUUACUAUAGGUAUGAUAAUCUGAAUGGAAUUCUCAAAUUUUCUUCCCGUCUUUAAGCUUUGAUGGUUCGUAAACAUAAGAUGAUCUACUGGUGGAAGCGAUGAAUUUUUCUUGUAUCUUUUAAGUUUUAUGCUGAUCGUUAUCUAACUGAUUAAGUAUCCCUUUGGUUAUAGAGUUAGGUUUCAAUAGCAAACCUCAAACUUGGCUCUCGCUGAUCUUCUGGAAGAACUUCUCGAUUUCUCUCUCUGCUGUUUCUUGUCAUGAUAAAGUGAUAAGUUGGUUUUUCUUCACUCUCUCUAGUGUUUGCCCUUUCCUGGGGGUUACUUUACUGAUUAGGUCUUCCUUUUGUGAUGGAACGGCAUUCCGAAGUUUCAAAGCUAUAGAUCUGUAAUUGUUUUCCUCAUGGUUUUCCGGCAUUUCUCAGUUACUGUAGGUCUUUCAUGAGAUGUUCUGUCGGCUUUUUUUUUUGUACUCAACUUCUCAGAAGUACUGUUUAAAAGAUCUUAUGGCUAUUUUUCGGACUCGAGGUUUUUCGACUCAUAAAGCUUUUCUUUAGUGAUAGCUUUGAUGGCUUAUCAUGAUAAGGUGCGGGGUUCCUGGGAGCUGCUGAUAAAUGGUUUCUUUGCUCUCCAUAGUUUUUUGACCUCUUGCUGGUGGUUACUGUAGGGAUUUAGUUUUCCUUUAGUGAUAUAAUGACCUUCUUGAAGCUGGUUGUAAAUCAAAUCUUGUAAUGGUCUGUUUUUUUCAUUUUCGAGGUCCGUUAGGGACUAGGAACUCUGAAAAUUUUAUUAACAGUAUAAUUUUCUGUUUGCCGUUUUGUAACUUUUCUCUGUUUCUAGACCUUAACUUGGCGCUUCCUCUGCUUUUGUGGUCACAUCUCCGAAGUGCUUAUUUUGAAAAUCGCUUGCUUUCUUACUGGUUGAUGAAGCGUUAAAUGUGUUGAUCGAAAAAAUGAAAAUGAAAAAAAAAAAAAACUAUAAUGACUUUAGUAAAUUUUUUUCCAGGCUGUCGGUGUGCCCAAGUACACGCAGAAUGAGACGGCGUCCUUCCAGAGGAAACAUAAGGUGAAUGGAAAAUCAAUUGAAAAAAACUCCGAGUCCAUUUUUUUCUAUGUUGAAAAAAAUGAGUCGGGAGCGGAACGGAAUUUUUUUAAAAAUUUUUUUGAAAAUUUUUUCUGGAAGUUGAGGUGUCAAAUUAGAUCGUCAAGGAUUAAUUUGGUUCAUUUUUUUGUCAUUUUUUGAAAAAGUUCGAAAAAAAUCUUUCUAGACGUCCUUAUAAUAAAUAUAUAUUUUUUUCAGGCUCAUGAUCCUCUUUCCUUCGAUCGCGGGAAUAUCCAGCUUCAAGCUCCGAGUCGGAUUCUUUCCGGUCAGGAACUGGUCGCAAAACUGAAGGAAGAAGAAGAGGAACGACGGAAAAAGGCCGAGGAGAAGGAGCAGCUGGAGGUUCAUCCGCAGGAACGAGAUCAGAAAGGUCGAGUUUUCCUGGAGUUUUUUAGGAAAGGGAAUCGGAUGAAGUUUGAUAUAUUAUGGGUUGAAAAAUCGUGUUUAUAUUGGAAAAAUUCGUAUUUUGAUAGGUUUAGCAGAGCUUCUCGGAGCUUCUUCCCCUUUUUCCCGAAUAUUUUUCUUGGAAUCUUCUAAGAAGAUUCAUUCCCAGGAACGAGAUCAAGAAGGUUCCUAAGAGUUUUUUGAAAAUUUUACCGAACGGUGAUCAAUUUGUGGUGUGAAAAUUAGUGUUUUUAACACAGAAUAAGUUAGAUCAAUCCAAAAAAGGGCUGAGAAUGAACAGCUUGGAGAAAAUUCCGUGGUUUGGUAGAUUUAGUAGCGUUUCUUCUAGGCCUUCCCGUGAAAGCUAUGACUUUCUGUCAGGACUUGAAGUUUUAUAAAAGGUUCAUCAUCAGAAACGGGAUCGAAAUGGUCGAGUUAUCACGGAGUUCUUUUUGAAAAUUGAUGUGUAACUUGAUGGAUUUUAAGUUGAAAAUUUGUUUUUUUUUAACUCUGCGUGAGAUUUACGCCCAAAAAUGAAUAUUUUGGAAGAAAAAGCUUAUUUUGGUAGAUUUAGAAGCGUUUUUUUCUUCCACCUUCCCGUGAAAAAUCUGAAUUUCUAUGAGAACUUUGUUUUUAAAUUUUAUGAAAAUCGGGAUCAAAAAUGUUAACCUCUUGUAAAGUUUCUUAAGGACCGUAAAAAUUGCAAAAAAUUGGUAGUUCAUGGAAUAGAUUAGUGACAAAUAGCUCGAAAAUUUCAACGGAAUGAAAUUGACCACGGGUUUUCAAAUGAAAAAAAUCGUAUAAAUAGAUCUAUAUUCUUAUUUUUAGGCCUUACAAGGAAAGUGUGUGAGGGGAACAUCGCAGAUGUGGUCCAAACUUCUGUGGUAGAUUGUUCUAAGUACGUGUAAUCGAAAAUAAAAAUAUAUAACUGCUAAGCGCCAUAAGGUACUGAGAAAUAGCCUGUCGAAAAUUUACGGAAAAAGCGCAAAACCUGAUUUUCUUUAGUUUUUUGAUUUUUAAAACGUUCACUAUUAUUCUACAUAUCACGAGAAACACGAAAAACCCAAAGAGAAUUCGUUUUUGAGCUUUUCCUGUACAUUUUCGACAAGCUAUUUCUCAGUACCCCAUGGCGCUUGGCAGAUAAUUUUCCUUUUUCUCGAAUACUCUUACCUGGGACUACCUACCACCGAAGUUUGAAUCAUAUCUGCGAUGCUCACCUCACGCACUUACCUUAUUAGUUGGCCGUUUGAGCGGUGUCAGGUCCUAUCCGAAUAUUAUUGAUAAUCAUUGGGCUGGCUCUAGUGACUUUUCCGUCCUUGUGUGUGUUUUCCGUGAUUCGCCAGUACCAAAAUUUCUUAAAGGCCUAGGGGCAGUAAAAAAUGGGGUUUCAGGUGAAAGCAGUAUCUUAUAUAGUUUUUCUUUGCGAAUCGAAUGAUACUUACUUAGAUACUUAGAUGGUCCAUCUUCGCUUUCGACCUUUUAUUGCCUUUUAGUGCCUUUUAUUGAUCGAAGCGUGGACCACACGUUUUCCAGGAGAUCUUAUGCAAUCGGUCAUCCAGUGUUGUCGUCCUGGUUGACUGGUAUUCUUGCGAAAAAAAUCCAUCCGUGGUGUUGAACGUGUUAUAGCAUAAUUGUGGUCUUAUUAUCCUUUUUGCCUUGCCAGGGCUAAAAAAGACCGCCCAUUCUGUUAGCAGAAGCAAGCCGAAUUGCGUGACCGGUGUACCGUUAGCCGCCAUAAAUGACGUUGCCUCCCCAUCACCGCGUAGAGGUGGUACUUGAAGGGGGUGUACUCAAUCGAAUGGUGUACUCAAAAAAAUUACAGAUGUGACAACUUUAGAAGAAAAACGCGAUUUUACUUUCGCGCCUUUAAUUUUGAAAAAAGCUUUGGAUCGGUAUGCAGACAACGGUUUACAGUAGCCGUGCACGCGAUGUUGCGGACAUCUCAUUAGACUCGCAUUUUGGGAGAAAUAACCGGCUAUCUGCUUCAAAUUAAGGGUUUCUACUCUGAAAAAUCGAUUAAGAAAACAGAAAACACACAUUGAUAACAAAGAAAACACAAAAUAUCGCUAUCCCAAUCGAAACCUGUGUAAAAUCAUCAUUUUUCAUCAGAAAAGCAUUUUGAGAACACAGUUUGCAAAUUAUACAUGAAUAGAAAGCUUUUGUGACGAAAAGAACUUUGGUGACGACAGAAACAAUUGAAAAUUGAAAGAAACGAAGAAAAAAGCGAAAAUCCGAAAAAUGGCGAAGCCUGUUGUCCAUAGAGCUACUUUACUUCAAAGUGCCCUUUUUGCGGAAACUCAAACUUCCCUCUCUCCGACUUUGAAUAAUUUCUUCUCCAAAACUAGGAACUUCUGUACGUUCCCAAGUUCACCGUUCGAUUCGCAAUGAAAAACUCUACAAAGUACUGCUUUGAACUGAAACACCGUUUUUUACUGGCCCUAUGCCUUUAAACUAAAAGUUGCUUCGCAGUGGGGAUUGAACUCGUGACCGUGAGGAGCGUAGACAGGCACACAACCUGUUGCGCCAUGGCGCGUCGCAUAACAAAAUGUCUUUUUCUGAAUAGAUAUUUUUCAUGAGUGGAAACUUAGAAGUCUCCGGAAGGUCAAAUUUGGGGGCGCCCUCGAAAAAUUUCAGAAAAAAUGAUUUUAAAUAAGCUUCGACCAUCUCUAUAGUCUCAUAAAUUGAGUUUUUAAAAUUCCCUUUUUUUCCGUGAAAGCUCUGAAAAUGCUCCCUAUUUUUCAUUGUUUCAUAUAAUUACAAUGGAAAAUAUUCCAGAUGACUACGUCAACGAGGUGGCCAACAAGGAGGAGAAGGACUAUAAAGAAUUUGGUUCGUUUCUUUUAACUUUAUCACAACGAGAAAAUGCCAAAAGUGUCCCCCUUAACCUUAAAAAAGGCGAGUUACCGUGUCCUAAAGUGAUUAAGUUCAAGUCGCUUCAUCAUCGGCGCUGACUCAAUAAAUUGUCACCUUUUUUUGGGAGGUUUUGCCAGUUUUAGGCAUUUUCUCGUGGCCUUUUGAAAGGAUGGGAGACAUUUUAAGAUAGUGAUAAGGUAGGAAAAAAUGGAAGGUAAUGAGUAUUUUUUGAUCAGAUAUUUGAAACUCAGGACUUUUUCAUUGAAAAUCGGAAUGAGAAGAUAAUUUUACGUGUUCCUGAUUGGGUCCGUUCAUUUCCAAAAUCUCUCGAGGUCAAAUCAUCAAUAUUCUUAAUGCUUUUAAGCUAAAUCUUCAUAAAAAAUUGAGUGAACUUUUUACAGCAUUUUUUAAAAAAAGUUCUCAAAAAAAUUUUUUUUUUCUGUUCAAGCCUUCCACUGAUAUCUCAUCCUAUUUUUAACCGAAGGCGUUGAAAUUUUACUGUUUUUUCAAAUUUCACCAGGCGAACUUAUUAGUUCAUGUAAAGUAUUCGUUUCCAUAUUGAUUUUGAGAAAACGAAAAAUUUCACUUGUACUGGGAAAAUUUUAAGUGGCCACUAUAGAGGCUGGCCAAGGACUACUUGGAGAGGACUCUAAAGUGACCACUAAACCCACCUCUACAGUGGGCACUAUUUUUUUUUAGUGGCCACUAUAGAGGUUCUCGAUUUAGUGGCCACUUCGGUAGUUUUCCAUCCAGUAUUCCUUCCAGUAACUGAUAAUUUAAAAACAAACAGAUUGGACCAGUUACGUUGACCCAUAGACCCCUAAAGUGGCCACUAAAAUUUGUAGUGGUGUAGUAGCACGUAGACCUCUAUAGUGGCCACUAAUUUGACUACUAUAGUGCCCACUAGAACGUCAAAACCCUAUAGUGGCCACUAAAAAUUGUCCCACUAAUAAAGCAAAUUUUAGUUGAGGAUGAAUUUUGUAAGAUUAUCAGUAGUUUUCCGGGAAAAAUGUUAACUUGAAAGUCUUUGCGUCGUUAAUAGGAAAGCUGAAGUCGCUUUGAGAAGCACCCGACUUGAAACGACUUGCGCGCAGCGUCAUUGGAAGAUCUAUAGUAGCAAGCAACGCGAACAAGCCAUUUCAAGUGCGACCACUGUAUUUUAUAAAAUUUUACCUUUUUUCAGUUUAUUUGGUUUCAGAUUGA